AUGGGUGGAAAGAAAAGUGGUACAACAUCCUCGAGGAGGAAGUUUGUUUAUCGCUCUUUCAGGGAUAGAGUUGAUUCCAUUAAAAUCGAUCCUAUUCGUGACCUUGCUCGAAAGCCAUUUGAAGAUACAGAUGAUUCAUUUUUCCUUUCGGCGCUUUUACAUUACAUUGAAAUAAACUUAUCCAAAAACUUUCAGGAAUUUUCAGAAAAAGUGGAGCCAAUAUCUAGGAGCUUGCCACAGAUUAUUUACAAUCAAAAUGCUAUCUUUGAUGCCUUGGAAAAGGCAAUCCUAGUAAAUGAUUCGCUAUCUUUACAACCACUACUAGAUCUUUUAAGCCAAUUUUGUCAUGAUCUUGGACCUGAUUUUAUGCCAUUCUAUGUUCGGACACUUGAUGAUAUAAUUAAAGUUGCCAUUCCGCAGACGAAUCCGGAUUCUUUGGAACUCAUCUUCAAUGCAUUGGCCUACAUUUUUAAAUAUCUUUCUAAGAUCAUUGUCAAGGACAUCUUGCCUACGUUUAAAAGGCUCUCUCCGCUAUUAUUGCUUGAGCACAAAGGUUACAUUACUAAAUUUGCAUCCCAGGCGUUAUCAUUUUUGGUCCGAAAGUCUCAUUCUGACAGCUUGAACAAGUUUAUCUCAUACUCUUUAGAUUCUAACAGUAAUAUAGAAGGGAACAAGGAAUCUUAUCACACAGCCUUGGUAAUAAUAUAUUCAGAGGCAUUACUGUCAGUAUCUGGGACACUUUUUUCAAGGGCAAGAAUCAUUGUUGAAAACUUUGCUAGUUAUGCUCUUUUGCAACCUUCUAGCGAGUCGAUUCUUGCGGAUGUUAGCAUGAAUGUGUUGUCAAAUUGUCUUUCUGCAGAGCAGGCAUCUCCAUUAUAUGAGGGAAUACUCUCUGCAAUUAAAACGGAUUCCAAACCGGAAGUUACUCAGGCUCACCCUUCAGUUCCCAUUUCCAUAAUUCAAAUUCUCCAUACAUUAGCUUUUGCCGAAGCAGGAAGAAAGGUUUCUUCAUGGUCGCAAAUAAUGGAGGCAUUUAGACAAACACUUAAAUUAGAAUUAGAAUAUAAUGGAGAAGAGAAAAAUACAAAUUUGAUGCCUUUCAAUCACUCAGUUGUACAACUCGCCGCCACAAUGAUGAGAAAUGCUGAUGAAGAUUUUAUCAAAGAUGACGGCAAGGAAUUAUUCAAAUUGAUGCUUAAUGUUAAUAAAGGAAAAGCCUUUCUUCCAUUUUUGGAUCUAUUGACAGACUUAUCUGUGGACAAAGCAAUGCUUUUUGCCAACCAAUUUUUUACCCUGUUUAUCGUGAAGAAUUGGAAGGAAUAUUAUCGAGAGAUUGGAUACUUUUUAUCUCGAAUGAAGGACAAGGGGCUGGUGAAUUCGGAUAAUGAUAAUGAUAAUCUUAUGGUGAGGAUACCGACAGAAUUUUUGAACUUCAUAGUUAAGGGAUUCAAGAAAAGCACACGCCUUCUAGAAGAUAGCUCAGAGGGAUCGAUGAAACCAGAGGAUUAUAUUGAUAUUUUGUGGGAGAUACAAAUCGUAGAAAACUCCAAGGCACAGGUGAAAACUUCUGUUCUUUUAUCUCUUCUUCGCAACUUACAGAUCACUUGCAGUUCUUUAUAUGCCUCCGAUCUUAUAGGGCAUGUGCUUCUUGCAAUAUCACAUCAGAAACUCAACGAUGAGGAGGCAUUGGCAAUAGUCAGAGGAUGCACAGAUAUUAUGGAAAAUAGCUGCAAAAGUCUUUCAUUUUUAGAGGGUUACUGUGUGCUUUUGGAAUCUAUUCAUAGCAAGUCUUGGUCGAAGGCUUCGGAGUAUGUUUCUUCAAAUAAAGAUAAAGUUCUACUUUAUUUAUCACAAAAUAUGAGGUCACCGAACCAUUCUGUGCGUAAUCUAUCAUUAAAGGCAGCAACUGCAACCUACAGUGCAUCAGGCCUAUCUGUUCCGGAUCCAAUAAACAGUUGUCAGAUUAUUGAAGGAAUUCCGUUGGAUAUUCAACAUGGCAGAGAAAUACAGCUCAGACUCAGGAAACUUGGACGGCAGCUUUCUUCAGAGCCAAACAAUGAUUUGCUGAACAGAAUGAUGUCAGACUUUGCAAUUGGUCAGCUUUCAGUGCGAUUUUCACCAACUUGGCAAGGUGUGUUUGAUUUUAUUGCUCCAACAGUAGACAGAUUGUCUGAAUAUCUUUGGAAGAAUGUGCUUACUAUGAUUUCCACAGAUUAUGAUGAGCUGGAGGAAAUUCAAUAUUUUGAUUAUGCUGAGGCCACAGAAUUAAAAAGCUCUCUUUUAAGAUGGUAUCCACAAACUUUGAGACUUUCAUCAAAAUUGGAAGAUGCGGAAAGUUUAAUACUAAAGUAUGAUCAACCAAUUAGGUCUGUGUUUGAACUUGAGAAAACAAAGGCGCCAGAUCUUAGGCCAACCAUGUUCUACAGAUUGCAAGCGAUCAAACUUCUCAACAAAUUUUCCGACAUUGCUGAAAGCCAUUUUACAGAACUAUAUCCGUUUAUCAAAUCGUUGGAUAGAAAUGUUACAGAUGAACAUAACUUACUUGCUGGAUGGACUAAACAUGACAUGAAUGAAAUAGUGUCUGUGCUUACACAUUUCAAACAUCUUGAAAAAGUUCAGGGUAUUGACCAUGUUAAAGAGAUUUUAUUCCAGUUAUUGAUGAGCAAAGUGGAUUCAGAACAGAAGCUAUCAUUACAAUGCUUACUGAACCUAAAAGAUGCAACCUAUAAUAAAUAUCAAAAUGAGCUUGAAAGUCUUUUGGAUAACACCCUUUUUAGGGAUACCGUUGUUCGCUUCCUUCAAGGCGAUUCAAUGACAUUAUCAGAGGAAGAUGUUCCUACAAUUAUGCCAUUAGUGAUUAGAAUUCUUUUUGGUCGUUCGUUAAUAGCUGCUACAAAUGGUACCAAUAGGGGAAGGAAGAAUGCCGCAAUCACAGCUGUUAAUAGUCUUAAACCAUUGUACAUCACACAAUUUUUAGAGCUUUCAUUCGUCUCAUUGGACUUUUCAGAGUUUUUCGGAAGUGAUAAGUCUAUAAAACUUGAAAGUAUUGAUAAAAGAUUGCUUCGUAACAUCAAUGGUUUUCUUCACACUGCAUCUACGAUUACGCAAUCUUUGAAGUUACUUCACAUAGAAUGCUUUGAAGUUUUGAUAAGACCAUUGAUAUACUCGUUAACAGUGUCGGAAAUUGUUAUUAGUUCUGACGGUGAGGAGUUUAUGAUUGACGAUGUUUUGAAUAAGAUCGCCCAUAAUAAUCGGAAGCUAGGAUUCAAACUUUUAUACAAAAUUACGGACUAUCUUGGUGAGGAUUUCAACUGGAUGCCAUAUGGUAAUCUCAUUUAUUCCAAACUUAUCCGUCAUCAACUAGCCAAUUUUGCUCGGGAGAACUUAGAAGGAGUUUCCUCUCUCAUGAUGAUCAUGACAACGCUUUGGCCUCAAAAAAACUUGCAAUUCCUUCUUUACUAUGAUGACUUUCUACCUACAAAGUCAUUACUUGCAUUACUAGAAAAUAAAGGUGCUAAGGAAGGGGUAAUAUUAUCUGUUUUGAAAUUUAUCGAUCGCUUGAUCCAGGAUAAGUCGCAGGAUAACACUUUUUUGAACUUACUUUCGGUUGUGAUUGACUCUUGCAUGAGAUCCAUCUUAAGUAUUUUGAGUAAGCCGGUGAAUAAGGAAGUCAGCAAUAUAGCCAUCAGGCUGCUUUUGUCUUUUGUUUCGGAUGGAUUUAUUUCUGAUAACGAAAUGCGGAAAAAUCUGAUUCCACUUUUGAUGAAUACUUUAACUAAGCCGGAUAAACAGGUGGAUCUGGGAUUAAAAAGAAGCGUCACAAGUCUUUUGGAUAUGCUUGUUAAAGAUUACGAAUGCUCGAUGGAUGAAAUUAUACCGCUUUAUAAGUCUGUGUCUGAAUUGGCAGAGACUGCAUCCGACCAAAAGCUAAGAUUAACUAUGUCUGGAGUUUUUAAACAACUAGCAGAUAAAUUCACAGAAUUUGAGAAGGUUGGAAAUUUGAUGGUCGAAUUAAAUUCGUACUCUGAAAGAAAAAUAUUGGAACCAGAUUACGAAAGAAGAUUGGAUGCCUUCCAAAUUAUUAAUGAGAAAGAAUAUCCAAAUCUCUCGGCAUUAGAAUGGCUUCCAAUCGUUCAUACCUCUCUUUAUCUUAUGAAAAAUGAGGAUGACCUUGCCAUGAGAUCAUCUGCUACCUACACGUUGACCAGAUUUGUUGAUUGCUUUUCUGCGAAGAAGAAUCAGGCUGAUGCAUCACCAUAUCUAGAAAUAAUGGAUGAUAUUAUUAUUCCAAGAAUAAAAACAGGAGUACGGGAAAAAAACGAAAAUAUUAGAAGAGGAUAUGUCAAGCUCAUAAAUCAUACUGUUCAGCAUGCUAAAUACUUCCACGACUUUUCAGAUAUGAAAAUUUUGGUUCCUGAAAGGGAAGGCACCAACUUCUUUGAUGAUAUAACACAUCUUCAGAUGUAUAAAAGACAGAAAGCUGUUAGAAAUUUGGCACUGAUUUCGGGUGAAUUUACAUCUGCAAGUAUUGCACAUUAUUUGCUACCAAUUAUUGAGCAUUAUGCUUUCUGGACAGAGGAGAAAUUCAGGAAUCUUGCAAACGACACAGUUGAUUCCAUGGAACCACUACUUUCCAGACUUACUUGGCACCAGUUUAGGGCAAUAUUUGUGAGAUAUUUAAAGAUUAUGAACAGUGCCAUGAUUAAGGACGACCCAGAGAAGUUGAGGGAUACAGUUCUUAUGAUUGUGGCAGCCAGUAGGGCAUUCAACUCGUGGUCAAUUCCAGACGCAAAGCGACCACACGAUUACCCAAAGGAGGAUAUUUUAUGCAGAUUUGUGAUUGAACAGACACUACCUCAACUCAAGAGGUGCUUAAAUGUCAGAAAUGCCGAUACCAUGGUUAAGAAGAUUCCUGUUUCCGAGGCAAUGAUUUCGCUAAUCAUGUGCUGUCCUAAAGAAAGAAUUGAUGCUGAACUUCCAGGUAUAUUGACUGGUGUUUGCCAGAUUUUACGUUCCAGGUCUGAAGAGAUAAGAGAUGCUGUGAGAAAACAUUUGGGACGAAUUGCCAAGUCUUUGGGCUCGAAGUUUUUGAACUUUAUUUUUAGAGAGCUCAAAGGUGCAUUAACCAGAGGUCCUCAGAUUCAUAUCUUGAGUUUUACUAUCCAUUACCUUUUGGUUAUUAUGGAGAAUGAGAUUAACCACGGAGAUUUAGUGGAGUCAGCGGAUUUGAUUGUUGAAUCAAUCAUGAACGAUAUAUUUGGUGCUGCCUCAGAAGAGAAGGCUGCAACUGGCUACAGUAACAAGACCAAGGAAAUCAAACAUAACAAGAGUUAUGAUACCGGUGAGUUGUUAGCUGAGAACAUUUACUUAAAGAAUUUCCUUCACCUAUUAAAGCCCAUCAAGUUUUUGUUAGGCGAGAAGCUUACAUUAAAAGCCCAAACCAGACUUGAUGAAUUGCUUCGCAGAUUUGCAGUGGGGUUGAUGAAAAACGAAGAGUCGAAAACUAAGGAUAUAUUAGUUCUUUGCUUUGAAAUAUACCAGGACUCAGAGGAUAUUAUUGAAAAGAGUAUGAGGAAGCCCGAGAAAACUGUCGAUGAGAAGGAAGAUCAUUUCUUAGUUCAUCUUGACUCCAAGCCGCAGAAAACAAAGAUUGAGUAUUCUGUGUACAUCAAGACUAUGCAGAAAUUUUCGUUCGAGCUAUUGCGUUCAGCAAUUACGAGACAUAAAGAUGAACUAUUGAAGCCAGGAUAUCUAAAAGAUUUUAUUCCAAUUUUGGUGACAAGUUUGAAUUCAGACGAUGAGGGUGUGAUUUGUACAUCAUUGAGAGUUUUAACUGUACUUGUGAAGGUUGACUUUCCUGAAGACGUGAACCCAAUGUUUGUAUCAGCCUCGAGAUCUGUGUUGAAGAUUUUACAGGAUGUACCAGGAACAGAUAGUGAGCUCGCUCAAAGAUGUCUGAAGUUUUUGAGUAUGACUAUUCGUUAUAGGGAUGACCUCAAAAUUAAACCGAUGGCUUUGGCAUACAUUUUGAAGGAGCUAAUGCCAGAUUUGGAUGAGCCUCAACGGGAAGGUGUCGCUUUUGGAUUUUUGAAGAGUAUCAUUUCUCGUCACUACAUGCUUCCCGAGCUUUAUGAUGUUGUGGACCGCAUUUCGCGAUUAAUGGUUACUAGUACUUCCAAGGAAAUUAGGCAGGCUUCUAGAACUGUAUUCUAUACUUUCCUUAUGGAGUACGAUCAGGGUAGAGGAAGACUCGAUAAAGAACUUAAGUUGUUGGUCAACAAUCUCUCUUACCCGGCCGAGACGGGUAGAAAAUCUGUUAUGGAAUUACUCAAUCUGCUGGUGACAAAGUGCAACAAACAGCUUUUGGAAAAGCUUGUCCCCUCACUAUUUUUGGCAUUGUCCAGAGUUGCUGUUAUUGAUAAUUCACCUUCAUGUCGAGAGAUUGCUUCUGCACUUCUCUCAUCCAUGUUCACAAGGAUGAGUAAGCUUGAAUGUAGCUUUAAGUUUGUUACUGAUCUUAUUGUUGCAUGGAUUAGUCAACCAGCAAACCCUGUUCUAGUUCGAUGUGGACUCAAUGCUUACGAGUCAUAUGUAACUGCGUUGGGAAUAGACGAGAAUCAAGAGCUUAACAAAUUGGCUAUGGAACGUGUUCUUGAAGUUUUAAAAUCUGUUAAAAGAACGGAUGCUCAGCAAUCACAGAAUGAUAAUAUCGAUUGGGAGAUCAUAUAUGCAGUUAUGUCAACAUUUGAGGCAGUUCUUGAGACAUCAAUUGCCAACGUGACCCGCUCUUUGAGAGAUGCUGAAAUAUGGAAAUACAUCGUCGAAGCAUUGCUAUAUCCACAUUCAUGGAUUCGGGCAGCCGCAUCUCGUCUUAUUUCAAGUUUACUCUUGGAAAUUGAAAACGACCGGCAGGCUGUUCAGUUUGAAGUGAGUGAUGAGGAAAUUCAAACUAUCGCAUACAGAUCAUUCAGACAAUUGGGUGCACCUCAAGUUCAGUCUGAUCUGGCUAGUCAAGCCAUAAAAAAUAUUGCCAUUAUCUCGAGAAUAUGGGAAAAGGCAAACACGCCCUUCAUUUCUGCGGCUUUUACUAAACACAACGAUGGAAAGGAUGCAGCUAAUGAAGAAAAGCAUGAGGUCAAGACUUAUGAUUCCCCUCUUGAAUGGGCUAUCAAUAGAUCUGCUGCUAUCUUGAGGAAUGAAUCGAGGGGUAACAGUCAAACAUUAGUUGCAAAGAAAGCACUAAUUCAAUACUAUACCUUUAUAUCAAAAUUCAUUGAUUCAAAACGUUUAGGUGAAAUUCUAAGCGAGCAAGUUUUGAUACCUUUGGUGAAUAUUUCGGAAGAGGAGGUAGCAUACGAAGAUGAUGAAGAUAACUCCUUACCACUUCUUGCAACCCAAUGUCUCGAGAAUAUACGUACAAAGCUUGGUACAUCUUCCUAUAACAUCGUGUAUUCUUCUGCAAAACAAAUAAUUGAGACCAGAAGAGCGGACAGAAAGACAAAAAGAGCACAACUUGAAUUGAUGAAUCCAAAGGUUGCUGCAAAAAGAAGAUUGAAAAAGCAUAUGAGAUUUAGAAAAAAGAGAAGAAUGAAUAAAGACGAGAAUGGCCUUUACAAAGCAAAGAGGAAAAGAAGAGUUUAA